UAUCAACAAAAAGCAAAAGAAAGUGACGAAAAUUGUUUAAUUUGUGUAUUUGUUUAAAGGAAAUACCGAAAACAAAAUUAAAUGUUUCGCGCUAUCGCCAAGUGAGUCAAAUAAGCAGAAACCGAGAAGCAGCCGCUCCCCAACUGACCGUCUCCACCCUGCUCCCCCUCCACCCCCUUAGCCCAUGAUGACGGAUGGUGAUCAGCAGGAGGCCUUAAUAAAGCGUGCAGAGGAUGAGCGCGAGGACAUCUUCAGGCGCUAUGAUCUUGGCCUGGAUCCAAACAAUGUGGUUGAUCCUUGGGAAAAUCCCAAAUUUGAGAUCUAUCACAUAACUGACAAAUAUGGCUUUAUGCAUGAUUCCCGCCUGCCCAACACCCGCGACUCUCAGGAAGUUCAACGCAACAAAAUAGAACUGGAGCGCGAUAAAAAAUGGAUGAAAAUGCUCAGUCAUUGGCCACCUGCACCAGAGAAGCUGCAUAAGCGUGUCUACAAGGGUAUACCCGAUAAAGUGCGCUGGUCGGUUUGGAAACUGUUACUCAAUGUGGAUCAGGCCAUGGCCACACACAAAGGGGUGUACACGCGGAUGCUGCAGUUGGCCAAAAAGUACUCCACGGAAACGCGACAAAUUGAUGCCGAUGUUAAUCGACAAUUUCGCGAUAAUCUUGCCUACAGGGAGCGUUACAGUGUAAAACAAUGCUCCUUGUUUAAUGUGCUCAACGCCUAUAGCAUUUACAAUUCAGAAUUGGGCUACUGCCAGGGUAUGGCCUGUGUGGCCGGUGUUCUGCUUCUCUACAUGCAUGAGGAGGAGGCUUUCUGGGCUCUGAAUGCACUGAUAACGGAUAAAAAAUAUGGCAUGCACGGUCUGUUUAUCGAGGGUUUUCCUAAACUGACGCGGUUCAUUGAUCAUCAUGAUCGUAUAUUGUCCAAAAUAAUGCGCAAACUGCAUAAACAUUUCACCAAACACAAUGUGGAUGCCUUACUGUAUGCAAUCAAAUGGUUUUUCGUUGUCUUUGUUGAAAGGGUUCCCUUUAGUCUCAGUUUGCGUGUAUGGGAUAUUUUUCUGUUGGAUGGGGAUCGUGUCAUUUUAUCGAUGGCAAUUACCAUUCUGUAUCUGCAUAAAGAUGAGUUGCUACGGCUAAAGGAUAUGGAUGCCAUUAUUGAGUACUUGCAAGUCAAAUUGCAUAAGAACUUUGGCUACAACGAUGAUGAUGCCGUUCAGGCCUUGGAGCGUGUUAUGAAAAAGCUGAAAGAUUUGAAAUUAGAUCAGCCACCGCCAGCUAAGUCCAAUGAGUUUCCUACGCGCACAUUGGGUGAUUUUGUCGAGGCUGAUUUCGAAAAGAAAAUUGGACGCAGACGUAAUGAUUAUACGGAUACAGAGAAGCAAGUCAUAACAGAUGUGAUAAUAAGACAAGAGCAAAAUGCCGGUGAUGUACAAUCGACCAUGUCGUAUGAGACAUCUGAAUGCGCUACGGGUGAUGCAUAUUCAAUGAAAACCUAUCAGAGUAUCACUAGCUUAGCCACAUCGCCGGCAAUUAGCAGUUACUCGCUUUAUAGCAAUGGCUUUGUGGUUACCACCAGUACAAUUGAGCCAGACAGUCGCAGCCAGAGUGUCCACAAUCUACACCAGCAGCAUCGACAACAUCAUUACCUGUCCAAUGGGUUAAAGCGUCAUAGUUAUAGCAGCGAAAACGAUAGUCGUCAGCGGCUUGAUCUGGAUCAGGCCUUGGAGGCGUUGCAUAUGAAAUCCCCAACCACAAACUAUCAUCAGCAACAAGCAGAGCAACGAUAUCACCAGAGCAUACAAAUCAUACAAAAUGGACAAGUCAGAGACAAGGAUGCGAUUCAGAAUGGUGAUGCUGCUGCUGUUAAUAAUAAUUAUGAUUAUGAUGAUGAUGAUGAUGAUGCAUUAAGCGUGGAGAACACACGUCUUUAGUUUUUAGUUGCUGUAUUUUCUUUAUUAUUUGAUUUUGUUUAUUUUGCUAUUUGCAAAACGCAUAUGCCAAUGCUAAAACAACCCUAAACAACUUUUAGUUCUAUAGUAAAUACGUAUGUUUAGUUGAAAUAUCUGUGUAAAAUCCUUUAGGCAUUAUGUACGAUUGAUUGUUAAACAUGAUGUUUUUUUUAUAACCUUGCAACUACAACUAAUUUCAACUCAUGAAUAGAUUCCUUAAAAAUUAAGUCAGUUUGUCCGAUCCACCGCCAUUUAACUGCCCUUCGUAUAAGAUAUUGUAUGGGCUUAAAAGAUGCCAAUUUAAAUUGAAAUUCAAUAACUUUAAUAAUUAAUUAAAUGUAUUUGCAAGAGUGCUACAUCUUCGGCUCUGUCGAAGCUAAUUCGUCCUUCUGAUUUUUCCUGUUCUCACUCGUUUUUUGAUAUUAUUCUAUAUACUUAAAAUUACUGAACUCUACUUAUUAUUAUUAUAUGUAUUCCAUUCACUGAUUACUCCUAAGAUUCCAAUCCUUACCAAUUCCAAACUGAUUCCUUUUUUUGUAAUUGCGUACAACGAGAAAUAAUUUAUUAAUGACUUUUUGAUAACCAUAUAUAUAUUAUUAAUCUAUACUUACUUUGCUUUAAGGCUAAAUUUGCUCUUUUUGCAUUUCUUUAUACAACAUAUAUAUAUGUAUAAAUAAUUAAUUUGUUGCUUUGUACAAGAAACGAAACGAAACUCAUAUAAAGAAAUUUAGUUUAUGUUGAAGCCAAA